UUAAUGGGGAUGGUGUUUAUAGCUGGGUCCUACUUUACCACCUAUGACUUUAAUUCAGUGCAUUCAUCUUCCCUAUUACAUUUUGUUUUUCAGAUUGUAACAUAAAAUUCUAUAGGAAAAUUUCAUGGAUGACAGAAGGGCUCUUUCAAAUAGUCAUGUAUCGGUCCAAGUUUGUGAUGAUGAUGAAAUUAUUUCCAGUGACAUUUCGAACAUGUGAACUCAUGAACAUUUACUAUUCAUCAUUCAAUGAUUUAGCAUUUACUCAUUGAAUGAAUUGUGUAUUUGAUUUCUUUGUCAAGGUCAAAACACCUAGCAAUAUUUUAAAUUAAUUUCCUUGUCUAUACAGUCAUUCCACAAAUUUAAGUGAUCAAAACAUCAAUGAACAAUAAACAAUAAAUACUGAUUAAUUUUGUAAGCAGAUUUCCUCUCAUUUCCUGCUUAUACAAAUGACCUCAGUGCUUUUCAGACUAUUAGCUAUCAUAGUCCAUUCUGCACAGGGUUUUGUGAGACCCAAAUGAAAAACAUUUAUUUUAUCAACAGAGUUUGCCCUACACAGGAUUAUGUGUCAACAGAACAAUUAAUACAUUAAAUAAUGAAAAUUGUAGUACUUAGGGAAUUAGAGAAUGCCUUUUUCACACUGGUGACAAUUAAGUAAAAGUUGCAGCUGAAUUACUUACAUGAUUAAACCAGUCACUAACUCAAAUCAGACACUCGCAGCUUGGCUGUAAAUCACCAGUACAUUUGUACAUAAAGAAAUACUAUAAAUUACACUGAAUAAUCUCACAGUAAAUUCAGUGAGUCUUUUGAAAUUAUUACAGUGUUUGUGAUAAUAAUGUACCCAUUUCUGUUGUGUGACUAGUAUCAAUAGAAUGACCUAUAACAGUAAGAAUUAUACCUGGAAGACCAUAGUCGCCUAUUAAUAUGCCAUUUUUAAUAUGCCAUUUAAUGGGCCUGCUGCAGCAACGUGUUAUUUCCAAAAAGUAAAAAAAAUUAAAGGAGUGUUACAGAUCAGAAAGGAAGAACAAGGAGCUGCUGAUGUGACAGCAAUCCUGACAGAAAUUUGCAUCUUUUUUUUCUCUAGUAAAUGAAAAAGUAAAAGUCAGACCACUAUCCUAGUUUUGCAAUAAAACAAUGUUAUGGAAACAGAUACAGUGGUUGCCAUCAGCAGAACUUAGAGCAAAGGACACAAGGAGCUUUUACAAAGGAAACUGAGGAUACAGCUACUCUCAGCUUACCUUACAGUCUUGAAUAUAGAAUAGAGCCUACAGCCUAGAGCAGAAACUACAUUUUUUGACUGUCUGUCUAAGGCACUGUAGACUCCAUCCAUUACACAGAAUCUCAGUUUCUUCAAGUUUAGAUCAGCAUUGAUGAUGUCUCUUUCUGAUGUAAUUGAUUUAGUGGAAUGCAAAGAUGAUUACACUUUUCUUUGUUGCCUUUUUUCUGUUUUGACAGGCAAUGAAAAUGAAAAGUAUUUAUUUUGUUGCUGGACUCCUUUUAAUGAUAGUCCAAGGCAGCUGGCAAAAUCCUCUUCAGGAUACCGAGGAGAAAUCAAGAUCAUUCAAAACUUCCCAGUCUGAACCAUUAGAUGAAUCUAGGCAGCUGAAUGAAGUAAAGCGUCAUUCACAAGGCACAUUCACCAGUGACUACAGCAAGUACUUGGACAGCAGACGAGCUCAGGAUUUUGUGCAAUGGUUAAUGAGCACUAAAAGAAAUGGCCAACAAGGACAGGAGGAAAAAGAGAAUGACAAAUUCCCGGACCAGCUCUCAAGCAAUGCAAUUUCCAAGCGUCAUUCUGAAUUUGAGAGACAUGCUGAAGGCACCUACACCAGUGAUAUCACCUCUUAUUUGGAAGGUCAAGCCGCCAAAGAAUUCAUUGCUUGGUUAGUGAAUGGACGAGGAAGAAGAGAUUUCCCAGAGAAAGCUUUAAUGGCUGAAGAAAUGGGCCGAAGACAUGCAGAUGGAACUUUCACAAGUGAUAUCAAUAAAAUCCUGGAUGAUAUGGCUGCCAAAGAGUUCCUAAAAUGGCUGAUUAACACAAAAGUUACCCAAAGAGACCUUCUGGAAGAAUACCAGUAAGAACACUGGAUAAAAAUGGGAUAAAUGAAGAUCUUCACUGCCUCAAUUACCAGCUAUGAAGAGAUUCUGAAAUCUAUAUUGUCAUUUACCUUGGAUGUAACAAAGCUAUGUCACCUUGCAUGCGAGGAAAUAAUUGUAGUGUCGUUUAAUGUUGCCAAAGGAUUAUAUAUGGAAUACCUAUUGUCUAGGGGAUGGUUAUCAAAAUAGCUUUAAGGCUAUGAAAGUUCCACUUCUUUAUAUUUUCCACUUAUUUGGGCUGAAAUAACUCCAUUUAUAUUUACUUAUGAAAUUAUUUUUCUAAAAUGCUAAGCUGCAAAUGUCUGAAAAGUGAAUAUCCCUGUUGAAACCUUUAUUAUAAAAAGGCUAAGCUUUAAGGAUAUUAAAUAAUAGCCUUAAAUAAAUUUUUUCAAGCUUCUUUUCUGUUGACUUUUCAUCUGUAUAUCCCUUUUGUCAGUUUCCACUCCAUUUUGUUUUAUUCUAAUAUUAUUGUCACUGAGAUCUUGGAAGUGGCUUGUUCAGAAUGAUAAAACAAAAUCAGCGUUUUGUCAAUUUUUCUCUAUUAUGAUUUUAUGAAAACAGCUGUAUGAACUUUGAAUUUUACUUAGUUGAAAAAGAAUAAUUUAAGAUGAAGCUAGAGAUGGAAGCAAAACUGAACAGUAUUCAUUACCAUAAAUUACUGUUUCUCAGAAAAGCAGGAGGACAGAUUUGAAAAAUAUUAGCAGAAAUUUUCUACAUUAAUAGUGGAAACUACCACCUAAUAUAUUCAAGGUUUAUAAGAUUGCCAAAUAAAGCCAACUCAAAUGGCCCUGGGAUCUUUCUAAUAAUAUAUAUUUUAUUCUUUUCUCCCUUCUUCCUCUGAAAACCACUGUAUCCAUAAUCUCUUGCAGUUAACAGCAUUAUGUUGUAACUUGUAAGAACAACUCUGAUUUUAGUAACCCAUGCCUUCUCCAUUAUGUCCACAGAACACUUUGCCUGCAGAUCUCGCUGUUUCUAGCAUUUCCUCUCAGUUGGCCAGGAUUUGCUUUUAUAUGUAUGGCUGUAACUGCAACCCUCAAAUAAGUCAAAUAGCCUUAGGUGCUGUUAUACAUCUCUUCUUAUGAGUCCUCAACCCCCUUUUCUUCCUUUGCCGUAAUAGCAGUAUGCCAGGUAUACAUACUAAAAUGUCCCAAUGGGGAAGUGGUUAAAGAGAAAAACAAGGGUCUUAGCAAGUUUCUAGCAGAACUUGAUGUGAUACAGGACGUUUAUGUCUCCUUUGUUUUUUAAAUACAUCUACAACAUUCACUAGUGGUCUGGAAUUCCUGGAUAGAUUGUCCUCCAAAUAUGCUACAUGAAGAAAUAUUCUGUAAUUUCAGGUCAGAACUCAUCACACCCAAAAUGGUACUUAAACAGAUUUUUGACAGCAACAUAAAUUCAACCUAAAAUAGUUAAAACUCAAUAGAACUUUGCUGUCUUAAAGACUCAGUUAUACACAGUUGGAUCCAUAUGGUCUGGGCUGAAAUGGUACAAAAAUUUAAAACUUCUAUUUCUAUAAACUGAGCUAAAGUCUUUAAUAUGUUUUACUCUGUUCUGCCCAAGACAAGUAGGGCUCUGAAGGACAAGGUUCCAGAGUUACAAACCCACUUACUUGUGGUGUCUGUCACCAGUGUAUUUGAGUACCUCCUGAUGAUGGCUUUGUCAGCUAUGUAAAUACUGUUUUCCCACGUUUAUAAAUUUUUAGAUAUUUUUAGGGACAGGAGGGUAUAAAUCAUUUUCUCAAAGUUAUGCAGCUUGUUUGAAACACAGCAAAAAUAUUUACAGUCUAAUUUUCUGAGUCCCAAUCUAGAGCAUGAAUCAGAAGUCAGAUGAAGUUGAGCAUGUUCCAGCAGUUCCAAACACAAGCUUAGCAACAGGACUAGGACUUACUCUUAUCCUGUAAUCACAGAACAAGUCCAUUUGGGAGAACAAAUGAAGUAUGUGCUGAAUAUUUCUUGUACAUUCUAGAUGUAAUCAAGUGAAAGGUAUAAAACUAAAACAAGUAGCAGCCCCUUCCUCAAAGAGUCUGUAGUUAACAACAGCUAUCCAAGUCUUCAGGCUCAGAUGGGACAGAAUAGCUGCAGCAGUCAAGCCUGAAGAGAAUUGCUAUUUAUAUUUUUGUCUUAGUUUUGUGUUCUAUAGUAAGGGAGAGAGGUUCUUCUAGGCAUUACAUGCUAGGUAUUACAUGCUAUGCAUGUUGCAUUUGUAGAGAAAUAUAGGAAUUUUAGAGUGGCCCUGAAAUUCCUUUUAAGUAAUAGAUGUUCUUCGAAGUCUUCAGGCAAUGAAGUAACAGCUGUCUGUUAUUAUUUUGGUUGUGUUCCCUGUGAUGCUACUGCUUGUAUGAGGGGGCUUCAAUUUGCUGUCUGCAAAUAAAGGAAGGGAAAUAUGGCCGCCAAAGGGGAUCUUGCUCAGGAGGACGUUUCAGAAUUACCUACAGGGCUACACCCUCAUCUACUCUCAAAGACAUUGAUCUUCCUUUUCAUCCUUUUCAUUCAAGGACCAAAACUGCAUACAGCUUACUAAAAUCAAAUGUCCUGGCAUGUACGAGGCGUCUUUGUUGGUGAGCUAUAAAAGAUGGCGCUGUUAUGAUG